GUUGUCAGUUUCUUGAAUUGGUUAACGACAAUAUAGGGACUGCGUCGCUAGGAGAGAAAAUAUGUGUUAAAUGCGAGCAUAGUUAAAAAAAUAGCUUAUAUACCAAAUAAACUAGUUACAAUUACAUCGGAAAGUGCAGGCUAAGCCAGCCUGUAUUGUGUAUGACAAUGAACAUAUACAACAAAUUACGUUGCCGAGAACAUGGACUUGUCAAUGAGCACAGUUACGACUUUGCCCUGAGUCGCCUGUGUGUGUCCAGAGAGGACAGUUGGCGUGGCAUUGCCCCAGCCAAUUAUAGUCUCGACUUCAAUCCGGAACCGCCAAUUUUCUCGGCCAAAUUCGCCAAUUGUGAUGGCUACAGGCACAUUCUGGCCAUUGCAAAUGAGGAUGGCAAGAUUGCGCUGCAGGAUACGACAGUGCGCAAUCGAGAGCCCGAGGAGCAAUCGCUGAGUGGGCCACAAUGUCAUUUCAAUGCUGUCUUCGAUCUGGAAUGGGCGCCGGGACAAAUGCGUUUUGUAUCCGCUUCUGGCGAUCAUACGGCUCGCUUGUGGGAAGUUACCGGCUCUGGCAUACGCGGACUCAGCUCCUAUUUGGGUCACACACGCUCCGUGAAGACUGCCGCUUUUAAGCGCACAGAUCCGGCUGUAUUCGCAACGGGUGGUCGCGAUGGUGCCAUUCUGAUUUGGGAUAUACGCGCCAAUCUCAAUAUGGAUUUGACGUCGCGUGUGGACAAUUGUAUUUACAGUGGACACUCAGGCGGACCGGGCACACCGCAAUCGCAACGUAAACAACGCACACGGACGCCCAAGAUGUCCAAUGGCAGCAAUACGUCGAGUAGCAUCACAGGAUUGGCAUUCCAGGACAACAAUACGCUCAUCUCUUGCGGUGCCGGCGAUGGUGUUAUUAAAGUCUGGGAUCUGCGGCGUAAUUAUACGGCUUAUAGGAAGGAACCACUGCCGCGUCAUAGUUUACCCUAUGCAGGUCAUUCCACAUUCAAAGGGUUCACCAAUCUAAUUGUGGACGCAGCCGGGACACGUUUGUAUGCCAAUUGCAUGGACAACACCAUUUACUGCUACAAUCUCGUCUCCUACGCACCCAAACCACUGGCCAGCUACAAGGGACUCCUCAACUCGACGUUCUACAUUAAGAGCUGCCUGAGUCCGGACGGCAAGUAUUUGCUGAGCGGCAGCAGUGAUGAGCGUGCCUAUAUCUGGAAUUUGGAGCAUGCGUCGGAGCCACUGGUCGCCCUGGCCGGCCACACUGUCGAGGUGACUUGUGUUGCGUGGGGCAGCACGCACGAUCGUCCCAUAGUCACGUGCAGCGACGAUGCACGCCACAAAAUCUGGCGCAUUGGACCGACGCCGGAGUCACUAACAGCGGCGGAGAUUGCCGAACAAUAUCGCGGCCAGGCGAGCUAUGUGCGUCAAUUUGAUCGCCAGCCAAAGGCGGCCACCCAACACAAAUACAAUCUGCGAGAGUUAGAGUCGACGCCACGCUCACUCAAGCGUCUCAUGGAGCAGAACGAGCGCACGCCCAGCUCUGUGGAGAAGGUGAGCACAAAGCGUUCGUUCCUCGAGAUGUUGGGCGCGGCGAGCAGCGAUGCGAAUGUGGAGCAGCCACAACUGAAGCGCACCAAGCCACUUGAGCCGCGAGGUCGCCGCCUGUUUGGACCCACUUGCAGCAGCAGCAGCAGUCAGCAGCUGGCAUUGACCGCCAUUGGCGAGGAGGAACACCUAAUAGUCGCCAAUCAGGAGAACAGUGCCGAGGAUACAGUGUCGCCAGUGCUGCCCGCCUGUUGCAAGUUGCUGCAGCCAACGCCACUCAGCGAACAGCAUUUGAAUCAUCAUCACAUUCCGCCCGCCUACACCUCGCCACCAACAACAUCAGCGCAAGCAGCGGCAACAGCAGCAGCAGCUGAGGCUGCAACAGCAGCAUCCGCCAGUUCCACAUCGCUGUCCGCCUUAAUCUACUCCCCCACCUCCAAUCUGCCCAAUUAUGUGGUCGAUGGCGAGGCGCCGCACUUGGGCAUCAUGUCGCCCAAGCGGAAGGCCAAAGAGAAAGUCGAUUGGCUGACGAAAAUACGCAAACAGAAGCUCAGCUCGAGCAGCCGAUCGAUUGUCACCCUCUCGGACAAAAUGGGCAGCGAGGAGGCCACAACGACAUCGAAUGCGGAUAUGUUGGCCUCGCCUCGCCUGCAGAGUCUGCGCAACUCGGAGUGCAGUCCCCGGCUGCAGGCCAGUCCGCGACGUCGCAUCUCACACAACGAUUCGGGGGCAGCUCAUCUGCGCACGCCCACCUCCAGUCGGCGGAACAGUGAGACAACGUUGCUGCGCUUCUUUAGCGUGCAACGAACUAGUGGCAGCAACAACAGCAACAGCGAUGAUCUUGCAGAUGCAGUGCCAAGUCUGCUUAGCUCUGUGGAUUUGGAGUUGCCGGCGAUGUCGCCGCCACCAGCAGCAACAGCAUCAUCAUCAUCGACAGCAGCAACGCCAACUGUGGCAACAGUCGUGGGAAGCGAUUGACAGCGCCCUCUGCUUAUCCUUGGGCCUGCUAAUGCUAAUCAUCCAACUGGUCUGCUGCUGUUGAUCAACCUUAGGCCAACUGAUGCGCAUCCUUUGGCCAGCUGCUGAUGAUGCAACUGGGCAGCUGAUGAUGAUCCUCCACUGUCCUCUGCUGAUGGUCCUCCACUGGCCUCUGCUGAUGCUCAUCGUUUGGCCUCUGGUGAUGACCUCCCAAUUGGUCUGCUGCUGCUGAUCAUCCUUUGGCCAGAUGAUGUUCUGCCCAACUCCAUCCCAAAACCCAAUCCAUAACUAGUUUUAACUGGACAUAUUAAUUGUAUGUAGUCUUAAGUGAAUCAGCUAUUCUUUUUUUUGUACAGUAGCCAACAAAUAGGACUAAAUAUAUAAAAUAGAAUACACAUAUCUGUAAGAUCUACUACUAAUAGCAUAUACA